AUGGAGUACAGUAAGGAAGAGUCUCCCUCUUCUUUGGAAAGUGAUUCAACACCAACAGCUUCAACGUCAGAAGUAACGGGCUUACAAGAACCCAAAAUUCCUGAAGACAACAUUGCUGAAUACUUUGGAGACCUCAAGGCUGAAACCGCUAGCGGCAAAGGCACUCAAACUCCUGCCGACCAUGGCACCCAAGCCGAUGUCGAUGGCGGCACCCACGUUGCUGCCAAAACUCCUGACGAAAACUUACUGGAAGGGGAAGAGAUGAGUAAAAGCCAGGAUGAACCUCCUCAGGAACUUGAGAACCAGUUUAUAUUGCGUCUUCCUAUGGAGCAUGCAUUUACUGUCAGGAGGAUGGUGCAUUCUGGAAAUGUUGCCAUGAAGGAUAAAUUAAAAAUUGACUUAUCUUCUGAUGGACGUCACGCAGUUGUUGAUGUAGAAGAUGUCUCACUGACUGCUAAGUUGGUUGAUUUGCCGUGUGUUAUCGGAAGCCUGAAAACUCUUGAUAAAAAAACUUUUUAUAAGACAGCAGAUAUUUCCCAGAUGCUUGUGUGCACUGCUGAUGCUGAUCUCCACUCUUCUCCGGAAGAACCAGUUACCUCUACUGACCUUAAUGUAAUCAUGAAAAAUGAAAAAGAGAGCGAGCAAAAAUAUGUCUGGAAGCAUGGCAUUACUCCACCACUUAAGAAUGUCAGAAAGAAAAGGUUCCGCAAAACAACAAAAAAGCUCAUUGAUUUCAAACAAAUUGAAGAAAUCAGCUUUCCUGAGUACAUUGAAUCUCCUGAUGUGGAAAAAGAAGUGAAAAGACUACUGUGUUCAGAUGCUGAAGCUGUCAGUGCUCGAUGGGAAGUCAUUGCUGAAGAUGAAACCAAGGAAAUAGAUAGUCAAGGCUCUACCCCAGGCUUUGCAAUGUCCCCAGGAAUAAGUGGCUAUAAGCAGAGUCAUUUCUCAUCAGAAUAUGGUAUGGUUCGGGAGAUGUUUAGUGAUUCUAGCAGCAACAGUGAUGAUAAGGAUGAGGAAGAGGAUGAGGAUGAUGAAGAGGAUGAUGAAGAAGAUGACUACAAUGAUGAGGAUGAAGUUGAGAAAGAUUAUUAUGAAGAGGAUAUGGAAAGGGAGCAACAGGCCAAGUUCUUUGCAUCUGGCCAGUAUGAGGCAAAGGAAGGAGCCAGUUCAGCAGUCGGGGAUAUUCAGAAGCAGAUUCAUUACACGGAGAAAAAGCUCCAAGAGAUUCAACGCAAAGCACAAAGACAGAGGGAUCUCCUAAAGAAAGUGGAAAGCCUGAUGCUCAAGAGUCAUUUAUGGUCUGUGCUGGAGCAGCUUAAGUUACAGGAAAAAGAAAAAAAUGAGCAGCUCAUUUUCCUCCAGGAACAAUUGAAAUCUAUUUUGCAGAAGUAAGAGAGCCUUCGGCCUGGCACAUGAACCUUGGAUUCACUAUCCAGACUGAAGACUGGAUGAAAUUGUACGUGUUUUUGUCCCUUUCAUUGCCUU